AUGCUCUCUGCAAUAGCUGCUGGACGCGAACUUUACACUAUCGGCGACGAAAAGAAGAUUGCAAGUGAGGCGAAGAAGGCAUCGUUACUAUUCUUGGCCUCCAAGUACAACGUUGACUGUCGCUGCAUCUGCGACUUGGUCCAUCAAGACAAUAAUGGCGCGUUUGACGAGGAGUCGCUGAGCAGGUUCCGUCUUGGUGGGGAUAGUCGCUGUGUUGCCGGUAAAGAGCUGGACUCUCUUCUCAUCGCUAGAGUUCGUGAAUUUAUUUUAAGCCCGUACGUUCUCAUCGCUGCCGUUAUCGCCUCGCGCGGUGCCGACUGCAUCUUGCGCAAGCUUGUCGGUGAAAACAAUGUCGAGCCUCAAAACGUCAUCAAUGUGGUAGAGACCGCGGUCUUUGAUGACCAUGACAAUGAGUCUAAACUGGCGGAUCGCGGGUCCGCCGACCUUCCCGUCAGGUCUCUAGGCUCCAAGAAGAUUCUCUUGCUUGCUGUGUUUGCUGUUCGCGGCGACUCGACCAAGUUAGAUUCAUGUAUUCUAGACAAGGGAAAUGAGUCAACGAUCUCGCAUUAA